CCUACGCGACGUCGUUCCUAUCUGGGUUAUUUUGACAACCUAGUCAAAUUGGUUUUCCAACCUAUUUGCACUUUUUUUUUUUUAAAAUUCUGUCCCAGCUGAUUGUUUUCUGCUUUUCUGUCGAUAAUUUUGGUCCUUUUCUUGAUUCUGCGUUUGACGCAAUUUAGGUUUUGGAGCUAUUUUUACCGUCUCCUCUGAAAGUUUGAGCCCUUGAGUUCGUUGAAUCGGCAUGUUAGUUUGACGAGGAUGAAUCAAGGAGGGACUACUGAUACUCUAACAACACUGGGCACCAAUUCCGUCGAGAAGUAUCCAGUCAUUGAUCCAAGUCAAGCACAUGCAUCCUCUUACUAUGCCUCAACUAGCUCUGCACCAAUAUCAUGGACCACCCAUGGGGCAAAUAAUUAUCCUAGGGAGAAUGGAACCGUUUCUACUUCCACUUAUCAUCAUGACCAACAAGCAGAAUUAACCUCAAGGAGUGUCCAAGAUGGAUUAAAUGGGGCACCUGUUGUAUCCACUUCAACUUCUGGGGCAGUAAAUGUACAACACGAUUACAAUAGUUAUUCAACCUACCAGAAUACAGAUCCGUAUGGAUAUGGAAAUACAGGAUAUGCAUCUUACUAUAAUAAUUAUCAGCAGCAAACAAGUCAACCAUAUCAACCUCCUGUAGGAGCAUACCAAAACUCAGGUGCUCCUUAUCAGCCUCUUUCCUCAUUUCAGAAUACUGGGUCUUAUGCUGGGUCUGCAAGUUAUUCAAGCACUUACUACAAUCCUGCUGAUUAUCAGACAGCCGGAGGUUAUCAGAGUGGUGUUUAUAGCAACCAGACCAAUUAUUGGCAAGAAGGACAGUACGCAACAUACUCUUCUCAAUAUCCCAACUACACCCCAGACUCGACUACAUUGUACAGUUCCACUCCUAGUGCUGCAUCUUCACAGUAUGCACAUCAUUAUAAGCAAUGGGCUGACUAUUACAAUCAAACACAAACAGAAGUCAGCUGUGCUCCAGGGACAGAAAAUGUUUCUGCUUCUGGUGCACCUAGUCUGAGUUCUGUCCCUGGUGGGUAUCCAGCAGCAAAUAGUCAAGCCUCUGCACCUUAUAUUACGUCCUGGAGGCCGGAAUCUACAUCUUCUGAAUUACCUGCGGCACAGUCUGGUACAGUGAAUGGUGGUGUUCAUGAUGGGCAUUGGAAGCCUGCACCUGCAGUUUUUCAAAAUCAAAAUUUGAAUUCAGUGCAACAUGUUCAAAUGCCUUUAGAGACAAGUUCCACAUAUGAAAGCUUCCAGAAUCAGCAAAAUCACGCACAUUCUCAAGGACAUAACUUAGUGUAUACAGCUACGCAUCAGGUUCCCCAAAGUUAUCAGUCAUCUUUACAAACUGUUUCACAAAUUGCUCCACAGCUUGAUUCGCGCAGGGCAAGCAGCAAAUUGCAGAUUCCUACAAAUCCUAGAAUUGCUUCAAAUUUGGGCUUGGGUUUUCCAAAAGUAGAGAAGGAUAUUUCUGCAAGCACUGCAGCUUCAAAGCCUGCCUACAUUAGUGUUUCACUGACAAAGCCAAAUGAGAAAGUGCCAUCUGAAGAUGCUGCUGAUUCUAUACUAAAGCCUGGCAUGUUUCCAAAGUCACUGUGUGGUUAUGUCGAAAGGGCUUUGGCUCGCUGCAAUGGUGAUGCACAAAUGGUGGCUUCUCAAGCUGUCAUGAAAGAGAUUAUCAUGAAGGCAACCGCUGAUGGUACUCUACAUACAAGAGAUUGGGAUACAGAGCCUCUUUUCCCCCUGCCGAAUGCAGAUGCUGCUAAUCAAGAACAUAUACUGUUCUCACCUCCCAUUUCUUCAUUACCAAAAGGCAGAAGUCCUAGUAGACGAUCCAAAAGUAGGUGGGAACCUAUAUCAGAAGAGAAAGUGGCUGACAAGCCUCCUGCUGCUGCUGCCCGUGAACCUGUAAAAUAUGGUUUUUGGAACAAACAGGUAUCUGGUUUAAUCUAAUUUCAGUGGAAAACCAAGAAUUUCCUUGGUAGUUUUACCAUUGAAUUUGAUUUUCUAGCUUGUCAAGCCUUCGUUCUCUCACAUAGGUGGCAAAAAACCAAGUCAAGGUGAUUGAAUGUGGGUUUAAUGUCUCUUUUCUUAUUUCAGCCGGAACAUAAGUAGAAU